AUGUCUGCUGCCAAGUGUCUGCUCUCUCUGAUGGUGGUACUUGUGGCUGCAGGGUGUGCGGUCCAUGCACAUGACAGGAUUAAGAUAUGCGGGCGAGAACUCAUACGUCUGGCCGUCUCAUCCUGUGGAAACCCUCGACUUAGAAGAAGCCUCUCGGACAUAGAGCUACAGCAGCAUCAUUUCACUUGGGACCACAGCACCUCCAUGAAAGAGCAGGUUGCUUCAGAGAUGAUCCACAUCCCUUCAGAGUAUGAUGAGGAUGAUUUCGUCUCCUUGGCCGCUCAUUGGUUUCCCAUGUCUUCUCGCAUGAGACGCUCUGCUGCGAAAAUAUCUGAUAUUUGCUGCGAGAAAGGAUGCAGCCUUCAAGAGCUGAUCCAGUUUUGCUAGAUGUGUCUGUCUUGUAGCGACAAAUGCAUUGAAGAUUUUAGUUCCUCAC